UGUUCAUGUAACAUCUUUCUUGAUACGAUUACCAUUUAACGUAAUCAUGUCUCUAAGGGUUCUAACAGUGAUUAUUCUUCUUCUUGUGCUUUGCUCAUACGCAGAUUCACAAUCUGGUAAAAAGCAAGGUGGACGUGCUAAAGGUGGAAAAUACAAAGAUUCAGGAUCAGAUGAAAGUCGUGGAGCACGUGCAAAAGGAGGACCAGCAAAAGCCACAACUGCUGAAGCUCCUGCUACAACAGUUGAACCUCCUGCCCCAACUGCUGAAGCUCCUGUAACAGAUGCUGCAGCUCCUGCAGACACAGAUUCUGAAACUCCUGCAGCCACAAAUUCUGAAACUCCUGCAGCCUCAGAUUCUGAAACUCCUGCAGCCACAGAUUCUGAAACUCCUGCAGCCACAAAUUCUGAAACUCCUGCAGCCUCAGAUUCUGAAACUCCUGCAGCCACAGAUUCUGAAACUCCUGCAGCCACAGAUUCUGAAACUCCUGCAGCCACAAAUUCUGAAACUCCUGCAGCCUCAGAUUCUGAAACUCCUGCAGCCACAGAUUCUGAAACUCCUGCAGCCACAGAUUCUGAAACUCCUGCAGCCACAGAUUCUGAGACUCCUGCAGCGACAGAUGCUGAAACUCCUGCAGCCACAGAUUCUGCAACUCCUGCAGCCACAGAUUCUGAAACUCCUGUAGCCACAGAGUCUCAAACUCCUGCAGCCACAGAUUCUGAAACUCCUGCGGCCACUGAUGCUGAAACUCCUGCCACAGAUACUGAAGCUCCUGCAGAUGAAGCUCCAGUUGAAGUUAAAAAUGAAGAGCCUGCAGUUGCAGCUCAGGAAUCAACAACUCCUGCUUCUCCAGAGGAAAAUGGAUCAACUGGAGAAUGUGGCACCUGGGGCCAAGGAACCUAUAAAACAUUACAUGGUCAAAUGUUCCAUUGUAAAUCCAAAAGCACAAUAUCCUUUUGUCGCCAUUGUGGGGACAAUGCUGAGUUUAAUGUGGAAACAAAACGCAAGGAGGAGGGACAUUUUGAAAAGUUGAGGUUCCAGAUAGAUGGUGUUGAAGUUGAAGCUAAUGAUAAUGAUGAAAUCUAUAUUAACAAUAAGAAGAUUAGUAAUGAACAAUAUAAUGAUAAACAAGUAAGGCUUAGAAGAAAUGGAAUAUAUAUGCAAUUUUAUAACCACCAAGAAGAUGUAAAAGUUACAUGGCAUAAAAAUCAGUUUUCUUUAAUGCUCAAUAAGGCUUACGAAACAUGUGGUCUUUGUGGAGGUUCUAAAGACAAUACAGACGAUAAAACAUUUUUUGAAAGCCAAAUAAUAGAAAAAGAUGGUGAAACUGAAUUCAUCACAUCUGACCCUGAGGAUGAAGGAACAAAGUAUUGUAGCAAAAUCAUUUCAAAAUGGUUUUCAUCUUUGGACUAUGGGAGUGCAUCACAAGAAGAUUACAUCAAAGCUUGUGCUUGUGAACACAAUAGCUGCACAGAGAACGACAAAAGGGCAUGUACAUGUUCAACAUUUAUGGAAUUAGCACGUAUGUCUGGAAAUGGAGGAUGUUCAGACUCAUGGAGGUCAUGGAGACAAGAUGAAGAUGUUAUAUGUGCUGUCCCACUACAGUGUCCUGAAAAUCAAGUCUAUGAUGAAUGUGCCCCUACUUUCAAUCCGCCAUGUUCCAAUCAAGCACCUUUACAAGAAAAAGGAGUUGUUGCUGGUUGUGCGUGUCCUGAAGGUCUUCUUGUUGAUGACAUGGGAGGAGGCAACAAAUGUGUUCCUAAGUCCAGCUGCCCAUGUACAUUUCGUGAUAAUACGUAUCAGUCUGGAGAAACACGUGAAAGUACUUGCAACUCCGUCUGCACAUGCAAUGGUGGCACAUGGACUUGUUCUAAAGGAAGCUGUCCUGGAAUAUGCAAGGUGGAAGAAGGAGUAUAUGUUACAACAUAUGAUGGCAUAACAUACUCUAUGCAUGGGAACUGUGUCUACAUUAUCUCCAUGCACACCAGUUGGUUAGUUUAUGCUAAGUUAAGUCAGUCGCAGGAUGCUCAGUCAUCAACCAUUAUCAACAGUGUUUCUCUGGUUCUUAAUUUGGGAAAUCAGGAAAGCACAUAUACAUUUAACAGGGAUGGAAGUAUUAUUAAUGAAAAAAUGACAAAUCAAAAUGUCUUUCAAUCAGAUCAGUUAAGCAUUUCCAGGUCUGGAACAUUCAUAAUAGUGUUAACACAUUUACAUGUAAAUUUGCUGAUACAGACUGGAACAACAAUGCAAUUUUAUAUCUCUGUUCCAAGCACUGGAUAUGAAGAUACAGAAGGACCUUGUGGGAGUUUUAAUCAUAAAGCAGAUGAUGAUUUUAUGUCAAAUCAAAAAAUGCCAGAGUCUUCGCCAGAAACAUUUGUUGGGUUUUGGAAGAUGUCAUCUUGUUCUGAUCCAGUUAAACCUACUUGUAUUGACCUGGAAAAAGAAUUGUUUGCAAAUCAGCAAUGUUCACAACUGAAGGAUCCAAAUGGGGCCUUUGCUAAAUGCCACUCUACUGUGUUAUAUAGAUCCUUCUAUGAGAGAUGUGUGCACUUAACCUGUAUAAGUCAAGACAUGACUGUUAGCAUGUGCACAGAAUUAAGGAAUUAUGCCAUGGCCUGUGCUGAACAAGGAAUCUAUAUACAUGAAUGGGGAAAUGAACUAUGCAAGGAAGAAUGUAAAAACAACCAAGUCCUUGAUUACCAUUAUGUAUCUUGCUAUCAAACAUGCUUUUCAAUAUCCAAUGGUGACUCAAGUUGCGUGCCUGGCGGAAUUAAGGCAUUACUAUGUGGAUGCUCAGAAGGACAAUAUCCAAAUGCUGAUGGAGUCUGUGUGCCCAAAGGAGAUUGUGACUGUCACCUUAACUAUGACACAUUAAAGGCUAAUGAGACCAUUGUAAUUGAUGAAAGAGAAUGCGCAUGCAUUGAUGGUCGUGUACAAUGUACCACAAAGGGGGAAAAUGCAUCAGAAAUAUGCACUGGAGGAGCACAGUUUGUUGACUGCAACUUUCCAAAUUCCCGUAAAAGAACUGAAUUAGGAUGCAAUUCCAGACAUUUGAAAUUACCACAGGGAGAGGGAGAAUGUAAACCUGGAUGUUAUUGCCCAGAGCCACUGGUUAGAGACUCUAAAGGAGAGUGUAUAGAUCCAUCUGACUGUCCCUGUCAGUAUGGAGGAAAUGACUAUGAAAAUGGAAAAAUUGUACGGCAUUCCUGUAACAAAUGUGUUUGCAAAAAAGGUACAUGGGAUUGUACACAAAACAAAUGUCAAACACAAUGUCAUAUUUAUGGUGAUGGACAGUUACACACUUUUGAUGGAUUGUGGUACAAUUUUGAUGGUGUCUGCCAAUAUGUACUUGUUACGGAUUAUUGCAGUGAAGGUAAUGGGACGUUUAGGAUUUCUGCACAAAGUGUAGCUUGCUGUCAGGAUGGACUUACUUGUGCACGGAAAGUUGUAAUCUCUUUCCAGAAUACAAAUAUUAUCCUUCAAGAUGGCCAAGUGAAAAUUGAGCAUUCAGGGGACUGUUCAGUCAGCCAUUCUCAUGACGUCUAUUCAGUAAGGAAAGAAGGACUGUUCCAUUUAAUUAUGUUCAAAUUUGGCAUCACUGUACUUUGGGAUGGAAGCACAAGGGUUUCAACAAUACUUGACCCAGAACUGCGUGGGAAAGUGUGUGGUCUUUGUGGAAAUAACAAUGGAGACCUGAAAGAUGAUUUCAUGGCUAGAGAUGGAUCUGUGGCAUUUGAAAUAGUGAAAUUUGCAAAGAGCUGGAAGACUGACCCAUCUUGCCGGGAUUCAGAAGUGCAAAUAUAUCCAUGUGAUCUCAAUGGUUACUGUAAACCAUGGGCUCUAAGAAAAUGUCAGUUCAUCAAAGAAGACACCUUUAAAGCGUGUCACAAGAAGGUUGAUCCAACACCAUAUUAUGAUGCAUGUGUCAGAGAAGCUUGUGUGUGUGAUUUGGAGGGAAAAUAUCUUGGUUUUUGUACCAAUGUUGCAAUGUAUGCUGAAGCCUGCAGGCGAGCAGAUGUAUGUAUUCAGUGGCGUACCCCUGAACUUUGUCCUGUCUACUGUGAUUAUUACAAUCAACCUGGUGAAUGCACAUGGCAUUAUAAACCCUGUGGAUCAGUACCAGUAAAGACAUGCCAUAAUCAAGCAAUGAGCUCCAACUUCUCAAAAUAUUUAGAAGGUUGCUAUGCAAAAUGUUCUGGAAAAGCAGCAUAUUUGGAUGAAAAUUUCAUGAAGUGUGUGCCUCUUUCUAAAUGUAGUUGUUUAUAUAAUGGACGAGUAAUACCAGCAAAUCAAGCUAUAACAGAUGAGUGUGGAAAGAAAUGUCACUGUAUGAAAGGAUCUGUCACUUGUACAGUACCAUCAGUAUCAUCAGAAGAGUCAACACCUGCACCUACAGAAACAACAGUAUCAUCAGAAGAGUCAACACCUGCACCUACAGAAACAGAAGAGACAACACCAGCACCUACAGAAACAACAGUACCAUCAGAUGUGUCAACACCUGCACCCACAGAAACAACAGUACCAUCAGAAGAGUCAACACCUGCACCUACAGAAACAACAGUACCAUCAGAAGAGUCAACACCUGCACCUACAGAAAUAACAGUACCAUCAGAAGAGUCAACACCUGCACCUACAGAAACAACAGUACCAUCAGGAGAGUCAACACCUGCACCUUCAGAAACAACAGUACCAUCAGGAGAGUCAACACCUGCACCUUCAGAAACAACAGUACCAUCAGGAGAGUCAACACCUGCACCUUCAGAAACAACAGGAGAGUCAACACCUGCACCUUCAGAAACAACAGUACCAUCAGGAGAGUCAACACCUGCACCUUCAGAAACAACAGUACCAUCAGAAGAGUCAACACCUGCACCUACAGAAACAACAGUACCAUCAGGCGAGUCAACACCUGCACCUACAGAAACAACAGAAAUUAAAAAGGGAGGUUGUGCUGAUCCAGGGAUACCAAUGUAUGGCAAACGGAACGGUAGCAGUUUUCUUCAUGGAGAUGUGCUGACCUUUGAAUGCCAGGCAUCUUUUGAACUUAUGGGAGAAAAAACUAUCAUUUGCCAACAAAAUAAUCAGUGGUCUGGAAAUACACCAAGCUGUGUUUUUAAAUCUACAGUACCAUCAGGGGAGACAACACCCGCACCUACAGAAACAACAGUGUCAACAACUGCACCUAGAGAAACAACAGAAGAGACAACACCUGCACCUUCAGAAACAACAGGAGAGUCAACACCUGCACCUUCAGAAACAACAGUACCAUCACGAGAGUCAACACCUGCACCUUCAGAAACAACAGGAGAGUCAACACCUGCACCUUCAGAAACAACAGGAGAGUCAACACCUGCACCUUCAGAAACAACAGGAGAGUCAACACCUGCACCUUCAGAAACAACAGGAGAGUCAACACCUGCACCUUCAGAAACAACAGGAGAGUCAACACCUGCACCUUCAGAAACAACAGGAGAGUCAACACCUGCACCUUCAGAAACAACAGGAGAGUCAACACCUGCACCUUCAGAAACAACAGGAGAGUCAACACCUGCACCUUCAGAAACAACAGGAGAGUCAACACCUGCACCUUCAGAAACAACAGGAGAGUCAACACCUGCACCUUCAGAAACAACAGGAGAGUCAACACCUGCACCUUCAGAAACAACAGGAGAGUCAACACCUGCACCUUCAGAAACAACAGGAGAGUCAACACCUGCACCUUCAGAAACAACAGGAGAGUCAACACCUGCACCUUCAGAAACAACAGGAGAGUCAACACCUGCACCUUCAGAAACAACAGGAGAGUCAACACCUGCACCUUCAGAAACAACAGGAGAGUCAACACCUGCACCUUCAGAAACAACAGGAGAGUCAACACCUGCACCUUCAGAAACAACAGGAGAGUCAACACCUGCACCUUCAGAAACAACAGGAGAGUCAACACCUGCACCUUCAGAAACAACAGGAGAGUCAACACCUGCACCUUCAGAAACAACAGGAGAGUCAACACCUGCACCUUCAGAAACAACAGGAGAGUCAACACCUGCACCUUCAGAAACAACAGGAGAGUCAACACCUGCACCUUCAGAAACAACAGGAGAGUCAACACCUGCACCUUCAGAAACAACAGGAGAGUCAACACCUGCACCUUCAGAAACAACAGGAGAGUCAACACCUGCACCUUCAGAAACAACAGGAGAGUCAACACCUGCACCUUCAGAAACAACAGGAGAGUCAACACCUGCACCUUCAGAAACAACAGGAGAGUCAACACCUGCACCUUCAGAAACAACAGGAGAGUCAACACCUGCACCUUCAGAAACAACAGGAGAGUCAACACCUGCACCUUCAGAAACAACAGGAGAGUCAACACCUGCACCUUCAGAAACAACAGUACCAUCAGGAGAGUCAACACCUGCACCUUCAGAAACAACAGUACCAUCAGUACCAUCAGGAGAGUCAACACCUGCACCUUCAGAAACAACAGAGCUGAGAAUCAUCCCACCAGAAGUAUCUACAGUUGCAGUGCCAGUAACAACUGGACAGAUAACUCCUGCAGUAACAACUGAACACAGCACAGAAGAAAUACUGACACUUCCUCCGCCAGUGGUAGGACCAGUUCUUCCAGCAAAGCCAACAGUAGAUAUCUCCAAAUAUACAAACACUACAACUACUAAAUCGACUGUCCCUACAACUACCAUUCCUCCUAAAGCUACUUGCUGUGGAUCGUCUGGAGAGUCAGUACAAGCAGGUCAUAUGUGGCAAACUGGUUGUGAUGUGUGCACAUGCAAUGGAACCUCUGGAAAAACACAAUGUGCACCACGCCAGUGUGAAAAGGAGAUAAUCUGUAAGAGCGACGAAAGGAGGGUACUGAGAAAACCUGGGAAAUCAUGCUGUGGAUAUUGCGAGCCGCUGACAUGUAAACAUAAUGGAACAGAAUAUAAGCUUGGGGCUACCUUUAUAGACAAAUCGAAUCCUUGUAUCACUUAUAGAUGUGACGCAUCAGGCUUGACAGUGAAUGUUAAAUCAUGCCCAAAUGAACAAGUUUGCAGUAAGAGUGAAAGAACCUAUGAUUCAGAUGGCUGUUGUUUCUCAUGUGACACAUCAUGUAAACCAGUCCCUGCGACAGUGGGUAUCCAAGGGGAGUACGAUUAUCAGAAUGAAAAAACAAACUGCUCUGCUAAUAUCAUAAUGGCAAAAUGUUCUGGUCAAUGCCAACAUAAAUUGACCUAUGAUACAAUUGACAAUAAAGUUGUUACCAAAUGUCGGUGUUGUAAGGCAGACCGUGUUGAACCAAGAAAAGCUCAUCUGGUGUGUGAUAAUGGAAAGAAAAAAAUAUAUAAAUACAAACAUAUCACAUCUUGCAAAUGCACAUCUUGUACCGCUUACAAUAUAAGACUGUGAAGACUUUCAUGCAUUUGCUAACUGUCAGCUUUUGCAUGUACAAUAAAAUAAACAUGGGGGAUAUAUUGGAGGCAGAGAUAUCUGUUAUGGUACAUAAAGUAUUUUUUGUCUGUUAUUGAAAAAUAAAUGUUUUUUUUCAGCUGUA